AAACUCUAGACCUUUUGGGUCGGGGGUUAGGCGCCACCAUGGCUAAGCUUUGUUCGAUCUGAGCGGUUGCGAGACAGAUGCCGUCGUCACAGAGUCUAACCCCCAUGGCUCAAAACCCAAAACCCAAUCACCUCUGAGCUCCUCCUCCUCCUCCUCCGCCUCCGGAUGAGUAUCAAUGACCCUCUGCGCCAGAGCUUCUAAAGCUUUCAAGGUACGCCUCCCUCCUCUACCCCUCUCCUCCUCCUUCCACUCCCCUUCCCUCCCCGCCACGUCACCUCUCUCCGACACCCACUACCGCGACCUCAUCUUCUCCACCAUCCGAACAACCCCCUCAGCUUUCCGCACCCGCGACUGGUCCUCCCACCGCUUCCGCCCCGUGAUUUCCGACCCGGACCUCUUCGUCCGCGUCCUCGCCCAGAUUCGGGCCAGGCCCACCGUCGCCCUCCGCUUCUUCCGAUGGGCCGAGGCCCAGCCGGAGGUUAAGCGGUCCGAGUUUGUCUUCUGUGUCAUUCUCGAGAUUCUGGCCCACCACAACAUGAUGAGGUCUGCGUAUUGGGUGAUGGAGAGAGUGAUUAGUGUAGACAUGCAUCAUGGCAUUGUGGAUGUUUUGAUUGAUGAGUAUGUUUUCGCAAAGGUCUCCAUCAAGCUGCUUGAUCUCUUGUUGUGGGUGUGCGCCAACAAGUUGUUGGUGGAGCAAUGCCUGUCCAUUUUCGAUAAGAUGAUAACCAAUGGGUUGUUGCCCCAUGUGAAUAACUGUAAUAGGCUUCUUAGGAUGCUUAGGGAUAGGAACCUUGCCAGUAGAGCUCAAGAGGUUUAUAGGAGGAUGGGUGAGGCCGGCAUCAAGCCCACCAUUGUUACUUACAAUACCAUGCUGGAUUCGUUUUGCAAGCAAGGGGAAGUGCAGCAGGCGCUUCACCUUGUCUCGGAGAUGCAGAAGGUGGAGUGCUUCCCCAAUGACGUGACCUACAAUGUGUUGAUCAAUGGCUUGUCGAAGAAAGGGAAACUGGAGCAGGCCGAGGGGCUGUUGCAAGAUAUGUUGAAGUCGGGAUUGAGGGCUUCAGCGUACACGUAUAACCCUUUGAUUUGUGGGUAUUGCAAGAGGGGACUGCUUGCGGAGGCAUUGAAUCUCGGGGAAGAGAUGGCGGCAAGAGGAGCCGCUCCUACUGUGGCUACUUAUAACUCGAUAAUGUAUGGCCUCUGCAAGUGGGGCAGAGUUACUGAGGCCAGGGACUGGUUUACUAAUAUGUUAAAGAAACGAUUGUCGCCUGAUAUAGUUUCAUACAACACUCUUAUAUAUGGGUAUUGUAGGUUAGGGGACAUAUGGAAUGCUUUUCUACUGUUUGAUGAGUUGAGACGGAGGGCUCUCACUCCUACUGUCAUUACUUAUAAUACACUCAUGGAUGGUCUAUGCAGAUUGGGGGAGUUCGAGGUUGCUCAGCAGCUUAAAAAAGAAAUGGUCAAUCAAGGAAUUUUCCCUGAUGUUUUUACAUAUACUAUUCUUGUAAAUGGAUAUUGCAAGGCAGGAAAUUUAUCAAAGGCCAGGGAGUUAUUUGAUGAGAUGUUGCAUAACGGACUGGAGCCGGAUCGCUUUGCAUACAAUACUCGAAUGGUGGGGGAAUUGGAUCUUGGUGACCCAUCCAAGGCAUUUAAUAUGCAAGAAGAAAUGCUAGCAAAGGGUUUGCCUCCUGAUUUGUUCACAUAUAAUGUUUUUGUGGAUGGAGUAUGUAAAUUGGGCAACUUGAGUGAAGCAUAUAACAUGUUGCAGAAAAUGGUACAUGAUGGUCUCGUGCCAGAUCAUGUAACAUACACUAGCAUCAUUCAUGCUUACCUGGUAAGUGGCCGCCUCAGGAAGGCUAGAGAGGUAUAUGAUGAGAUGCUGAGCAAAGACGUGCAUCCCUCAGUUGUAACUUACACAGUACUGAUUCAUGCUCAUGCAUCUAAGGGGAGACUGGAACUAGCAUAUAUGUACUUCUCAGAGAUGCAAGAGAAGCGUGUUCUGCCAAAUGUUGUUACCUACAAUGCUCUGAUUAAUGGUCUUUGUAAAGUUAUGAGAAUGGACCAGGCUUAUGAGUUCUUUACUCAUAUGGAGGAAAAGGGUAUACUUCCAAAUAAGUAUACAUACACUAUUCUAAUAAAUGAGAACUGCAACAUCGGCAAUUGGAAGGAGGCUUUGAGAUUGUACAAACAGAUGCUUGACAGAGAGAUUGAGCCUGACUUUUGUACGCACAGUGCACUUUUUAAGCAACUAGACAGAGACUAUAAACUGCAUGCGGUUCAUUGCCUUGAGAGUUUAAUUCUUGCCACAGAAGAAUCUAGCUAGUAAAGGAACUGCUGAUUCAAUCUCAGCAAGACAGUUUGAGAGGGGUUUGUCAACUCCAGACAGAAGCUAUUCUGUUACAAGCUGCAUAAAUUCUUUUGAGUUAUACAGCGAAUGAUUUAUUAGAUGGGUGCUGCUGAUGGCUGAGGUUGACAACGUGAAACUGAAAGGUCAAAUCCAUAAAUACCUCAUUUUUGUCAUUGCUAACCUAAAAGAAUAUACUUGAAAUCAGUUUAAUUGGAUUCAUUUUAUUAUUCUAAACCAUUUUUGUUGAAGAGUCGACAUCAAUGUACAGAUGAAACUAACUGUAUCAUAUUGUUCCAAAAUAAAAUCCCUGACAAAAUUGUUUGUUCAUUCUUUUUUUUUUUUUUUGACGAGGAAAAGAGGGAAGGAGAGAAAGGAUGAAUUUUUGCCAUUUUCUGUAUAAUUGUAAUGAAUAUGAUUUUGUCCGGUUAAAAUUUUACUACUA